CAAAGAAUAGAACUACUCGAAUAUUGACGUUUUGAAGUGCCUGUUUGUCAUGGAUGAAAGCUCUGUGAAGAAGAAGCGGCCAGUUCCUGAGCAGCCUGCUGGUUUCGACCCUACUGCUAUCCGCCAGGCUACUAAUAUUGAUCGCUCAAACUGCACAAGGACGGUCCCCAUGAAAGUACUCGUUCUCGGCCUCUCACGCUCAGGGACAUCCUCUCUCCGCCAAGCAUUCUUUGACCUCGGAAUCUUCGACGUGUACCAUUUCACCUCAAUCAUCAACGAGAAUCCCGCAGAUUGUAAACUGUGGGUUCGUGCCCUCGAAUGGAAACUUGAGGGGAAAGGUACUUGGGGGAAGAAAGAUUGGGAUGCGCUCCUAGGACAUUGCAUGGCAGUUUCAGAUCAUCCUUGCCUGACAUUCACCGACGAGCUUUUGGAAGCUUAUCCCGAUGCUAAAGUCAUCCUUACCGUCAGAGAUAAUGUCGAUGUAUGGCACGAGUCGGUGAUGCAGACCAUUUGGCCGUUUGUGGAAUUGUUGAUCAAGAAAGAUGUGAGCAUUUGGCGGAAGCUGUGGAGGAAAUUCCUGGAUCCCGAUCCAUUUGGGAGGAUGACGGAAAUGUUUCAUCUCAAUCCCAACGGUAUGUAUCACGAAUUUCCGACAAGAGGGAAAAGGUUCUAUGAAGAACAUAAUGCAAAGAUUCGAAGGAUGGUGCCGAAGGAGAGGUUGCUGGAGUAUAAUGUUAAGCAGGGGUGGGGUCCUCUGUGCGAGUUUUUGGGUUACGAAGUUCCCGAGUGGGAUUUUCCUAGGGUAAAUGAGAGGAAUGUCUUUGUUGCCCAUCGGGAGAAGUACGGAGAGCGGAUGAAUUGGAUUGUGGUAAAGAACGUGCUCAAAUACGUUGGUAGUCCGGCAAUAGUGGGGUUGGUUGCAUGGCUUGCUUUGAGGAGGAGAAAGUAAUUGAUAAGUUAUAAAU